CCAUCAACAACUGAUCAAUAUCAACUCAAAAAUAUUUUUCCUGCAAAUUUCAAUCAUGAAACCUAGCAACCACAUCCCGUUUGAAUAUAAUGGCGGAUAAUGAUCUGCAUCUCAAAAUUUUAGUUUGUAAAAAAACACUUUAUUUUCUUGGCGAAAUUCUAGUGGCAAUAUCGCCUACUUUAAUAUUCCUGUUCGGUUGUUCUGUGUUGGUGAGGCAGUUUAUCAAGACUCUUCUCGGUAGGUCUAAUCCAGAAGGUACAAACAUCAUUGAGGUUAUAAUUACUGGAAGCAUCGUUAUCCAGUUGAUGAGAGUGUGGAGCCUGACUGUGACCAGUGUGCAAUUAUUGGCCGAAUUCGUCUGUCAAAAGUUUUUGGAGGAAUGCAGAUUGUUGACUGAAGCUACACUGUUGCAAGAAGCGUGCAUUGUGUUUGAUCCGUGGAUCAGCUGCUUCGUGGUCUGCACUGCCAUAUCUCUGCUUCCCUGGUCAAUGCUUGUGCUGUGGAAUACCGUCUACCAGUACCACUUACAGCAAGAUUUAAUUGCUUGGCAAGUAUUGAUGCGAGGAUUGCAUCUGCAAAUAUUGAGUCGAAACGAGAUGGGAAUAUCGGUCUACUUCCUUCAACACCCGGUCGACGACGAACAAGCGCAAAGAGAACUGAUGAGGAAUCAUGGGAGAGUGCGUGGAAAACGACGUUCCAAAGAUCGCCAACAGAGAAAUCUGACAAGAAGUACCAGUAGUCAAAACCAUCCCGAUAGCAUCACUCCGCGAUUGGAAGCAUCACAAUCUGUUUAAAUUCAAAACAAAAUAAUAGA